AUGCAGUUCUCUUUCGCCACCGUCAUCUUCGGCCUUGCCGCCCUUGCCGCCGCCACCCCCGCCGCUCCCAGCAGCCAGCUCGCGGCCCGCCAGAACAGCGCCACUGGCACCUGCUGCAUUCCCAACAGGAGUCUGAAGCAAGAAAUCUGCACCACCGAGACCGGCGAGGCGGCCAAGUGCGUGCCCGGAGGCAACGCCUGCGGCAGCGCCCUGAGCUGUGUUGGCAACAGCAGGCUCGCGUGUGACAACACCAUUUCCGAGCGCUCUGGCAAGCUUUGCCGCACCAAGGUCAACGGUGGCUUCCUGGACGGUGCCAGGGUUGUCAAGAACCUUCGUGACAGCAAGGUCAACUAA